GUGAAAUGUAAUAGAGAGCAACGGUUGCUUGUGGAACGAUAUGUAAGAAACAGUAUAAAGUAAACUAAUGUCUAUUUAGCAUAUUUUUAAAGUUCAAGAACAGAUUAUUGAAGACAAUAGACAGUUCAUUAUGUCUACAACAAAGAGGUCCGCCAGAAAAAGUUCUACAUCAAUAGCCUCUAAAAUCAGAAAAAAACUUGACUCAAGUGAUGUCCACAGUGAUUCUAAAACUAAAAAAAUAAUACCUAAAGGAAAUGAAGAACAAUCCAUCAAGUUGUCUAAUGACCCAAAUAAAAGUCAAGUGAAACAAAUAAAGGAGUCUACUAGUGCUACGAAAGCUUUUGACUAUACCUUCUAUAACAGGCCAUGUGAGGACCUUGUAAAGGCCUUACUUGGUAAGAAAUUAGUACGUCAAUCUGAUAAAGGAGAGAGAAUAUGUGGUACCAUUGUUGAAACAGAAGCCUACCUUGGACAUCCAGACAAAGCAGCUCAUUCAUACAAAGGGAAGACAAAUAAAAAUGAAGCAAUGUUUAUGGAGCCUGGAACAGCUUACGUUUACCACAUUCAUAGCUACUGUUGUAUGAACAUAUCAAGUGAAGGGGAUGGUGCAGCUGUCCUUCUGAGAGCUUUGGAACCUGAAGAAAACAUUCUAAGUAUGAAUAAACUACGACAAAAAAGAACUCCUGGAAAAACUUUCAAGUCACAUGAACUUUGUAAUGGUCCAUCCAAACUGUGUCUAUCUCUGGAUGUCACUAAGGACCAAAUAAACAAAGAAGACAUGACAAAAUCAACAAAGAUAUGGUUAGAAGAUGGUGAUGAAAUAAAACCUGACAGAAUUAUUCAUUGUAAACGAAUAAAUAUUAAUUAUGCAGAAGAAUGGGUUGAUAAACCAUUGAGAUAUUACAUACAGGGUAAUAAAUGUGUUAGUAAAUUAGAUAAAGAGGCUGAAAAAGCAAUGUAACAUACAUAUUAUGUGAAAUUACAAGCAAAUCAGAACUAUUGUUGUAUUGUUUAGAAUUUCACUUAAACUAUUUAACAUAACUGUAUAUAUUUAUAAGAUAUCUUGUCAUCCUUUGCUCUAAUAUCAGUGGCUGUACUUCAUAGAUUUUAAACAGCAGAAUCGUCAGCAAUACAGGGAGACAGAAUCUUGUUCAAUGCCUAGAACAAACUGUAUGUAAUGUACAUGGAGAAAAAACAUAAGAAACAUUUUAGUUUGUAUUGAACUCAAUAUAUUAAUCAGCAAAAAACCCUCUCCCCCUAAGAUUUAAAAAAAAAAAAUUAAUAAUAAUAAUAAAAAAAAAAAAAUGCAGGAUGCUGUGAAUGAACAACAGUAUAUAAUCAUAACACAAUUUAUGUUUUUUUCUUCUUCUGAAAAUAGCAUAACACAUUUCAUUUUCAGCUUUUUACUGAAAUUAGCCAGCUGUAGCAUUUUUUAUGUAGAUAUUCAAUGCAUGAAUUUUAGUUCAACUAAAAGGGAUUGCCCUGGGUUUUUUUUUAAGGGAGAUAACUAUAAGUCAGUAAUGUGUUGUCUGUUAUCUAUGAUUUAUAUGUUGUAUGCCUAUAGUUGUUAUGAUUUUGGUAAAUAAAGAUUAUUAUUAUUAUUAUAUAUUUUACUUUGUUAAUAGAGCUGGUUGCCAAACAAUGUCUCUUCUUUGGGAGAUAAAUAAUAUUCAUAAGGACUUUUAAUUUGUUUCAAUAAUUGAAUCAUCAGCAGAGAAUGACAAAA